AUGGAUAGACUCUUAGAAUAUUAUCUAUUUAAUCCUUCAGAAUAGCUUAGAUUAGAGCUUAAUAAGGCAGAAGGGAAAAUUGAAAAACAAUCUUCUUUUAGUAACUAACAAAAUAUUGAUGCUAGAUAAUUGACCAAUAACAAUAGCCAAAAAAAAUUAUAUUCUACUGAUUAUGAAACUAACUAAUUGAUAAAAAUUAAUGAUAAACUAAAGAGAAUUAGCAAACAGCAUGAUAAUUAAUUUACAUAAGAGUAGCUUUCAUAUUAGCAGAAGAAGUAAUUAGAUGCCCAUGAUAAUAGAAAUAUUUAAAUAACUACUGAUUAUAAAAGUGGAUAUCCCAAAAGCUAAUCCCUAUCUUAUUCUUAAACUCUUAGAAAUUAUAAAUGGUUAACUACUCUACCUUCUAACUCCAAAACUCCUUCUAAUUUAAAUAUUGAUCAAGUAACUCCAUCACAUUAAGGCCAAUUUAAUUAUAACACUCCUAUUAAUAGUAAAAAAGAAAGUAUUAGUAAUGCUGCAAAACUUUCAAAUAGCGCAAUAUUUUCUUAACAAAAUAUACCAAUAACUCCUCAUCAGCGAGUAAUGAGAAUUAAAAACAGACAAAUAAAUAUGCUAGUCUAAAAGUAAUAUAAUAAUCUAUUGUAGGAUAGUUAAAAUAAUUUUUUUGAUAUGAAUCUUGAAGAAUAUUAUCGUUAGAUGAAAAAUAACUAAGCUUAGAAUGAUAAUGUAACUGAGAAAGAAGAAAAUAAUUUAGAAUAAAAUACUACUACUAAAAUGAUGUAUGCAGACCAAAAAAAUAGGGUAGAAUAAAAUGACCAUAUUAAUAUCUAUCUUAACUAAAAGACACCCGAAUCAAUAUAAACUUACGUGCAAACUCCAAUUGAUGACUUAAUGACUGAUAGUCCUAAAAUGAGAGAUAAUGAAAAAUAAAAUAUAAAUCCUGAUAUAAAAUAUAAUAGCAAUAUAAAUUAAAAUAUAAAUUUUACUGAGAGCGAUGCAAAUUUGAAUACAGAAAACACUUAGACUUAAAAUAGAUUAAAUCCUAUUCAGAGUAAUUCAUAGGUUAUCAAAUACAAAUAAUUCUAAAGAAAUAGUAUAAAAAGUAGUGGGAUAUAAAACAACAUAAGUAUAAGACAUUCUAAAAGAAGUAGUUGCACUCAUGGAAGAGUUGUCUCUCCAAUUUUGUAUAAUACAGACAACAUUGAAAAGUCACCAAUAUAAAGUAGUGGUUGGGGCAAGACCUUUUAAAAGCAUAACUCGUUUCUUCAUAAGUAAGUUAAGCAUAAUCUUAAAAAGGAGAAGUACUAAAAUGAUUUUGAAUAAUAACUCAGAAAAGAAUUAUCUCAAAUUCCUAAUUUAGAAAAGCUGGAUUUAGCAAAUUUUAAUCAUGAUAACCUGUAAAUAAUUACUAAAGAUGAUUUUAAUAUCAGCACAACACCCUAAAGUUUAACCUAUUCUGUGCACAAAUAAAAAGAAAAUUAUAAACCACUGUAAAUAUCCAAAGCUUUUCGUGAAUAGUAUAAAAAUAUUUAACAAUUAUUAAGUUUUGAGUAAGAAUAAAUUUAAACUCCACAAACUUCUUAUAUACCAUAAAGAAAUAAGUCUUAAAUGAGUUAAAAAUCUAUGGGAGAUAAUAUUAACUCGGCCUUAUCUAAUAAAAGCAGUAAUAAGCUAAUUCAAAAAAAAUAAAUUUAGAUGGCAUAAACAUUUUAUUCUAAAAGUUCCUCCUAAGAUGUGAAUAGUGAUAUAAAAUAAUAAACAUUUUAUUCAAAUUUUCCAAUUUAAAAAUAAAACAAUGAAUUUAGAUUUUCUAAGUAAAACAUUAAAAGAAAAAACCCUUCUCCCAAAAAAAAUAUAUUUAAAAUAUGA